GCUACUCGACGAUGGCAUCUCUGGCUCAAAACUCUGCUUUCCUCAUCAGCUCCAACAAGAAUUUGCGGGGCCAAAUUUUGAACAUGAAAACACGUUCUGGAAAUCCAGCAGUAAUAUGGCAAGGGUGGAAAUCCACAUUCCGUGCAUUAGCAUUAGAGGGAUAGAAGAUGCAGCAGGAGACGAGAGAGAAAUGGAAAGCAUGGGGCAGCGACGAUGGAUCGUGCGGUCUAGUCCCUGAGUUCCUGCCACACCCUUCCGUGGAAGAAACUGUCCAAGAUUUCUACGUUGCCUUCCAUGAACAGAACACUCAGAGGCUGGAUGAACUGCUCGCGUCUCAAUGUGCCUACCUUGAUUUGGUAUUUUACGGUCCUCAUGAAGGCAAAGAGAAUGUCAUCAAUUUUUUGCAGGCAGCCAGGGAAGCCAUGGGUAAAAAUAUUCACAUUGUUAUCGAAGACAUCAAGAGCGAACACCUUACGGCCACCGCGCGAAUGCACCUAAGUUGGAAAGAAUAUAAGAUGCCCUUCACCAAUGGAUACAGAUACUUUACGUUUGAAAAAUAUCAAGGGAGACUGCUUAUUAGCAAGAUAACGGGCGUCAAGGAACUUCCCGUAAGACCUAGUGAAGUGGCCCUGAGACUCUUGAAAGCAAUUGGGGCGCUUUUUGAUCGCUAUCCACUAGCAGCCGAGAUGAUGCUCAAGGCUUAUGGUGCCGAAGAAGGGAAACAUGCAGACAUGCAUUUCGAUCUCUUCGGACGCGGACGCUGAUUUGUGUGUGUGUGUGUGUGUUUGUGUUGGGGGAUCCUUCUUGUGGGGCGUGGGUGCCUCAAUCUGUUAUAUAUGUACAUAUUAAUGAGAGCACGAAAUGACGCUGAAGAUGGAGUGAUUCGGGCCGUCAUAUUUAUUUAUGAAUUUAUGGAAGAGUUCACA